AGGUUAAAUACUGGGGCCAGCCUACCCUGGCCAUCUGAGCGGUCUGGCUUCGCAGUCAACAUGAAGGCUCUCCUGACUCUGGGGCUUCUCCUCCUCUCUGUCGCCGUCCAGGCCAAGGUCUAUGAGAGGUGUGAGCUGGCCAGAACCUUGAAAAGACUUGGAAUGGAUGGCUACAGGGGAGUGAGCCUGGCAAACUGGAUGUGUUUGGCCAAAUGGGAAAGUAGUUACAACACACGAGCUACAAACUACAAUCCUGGAAGCAAAAGCACUGAUUAUGGGAUAUUUCAGAUCAAUAGCCGCUACUGGUGUAAUGAUGGCAAAACCCCAAGAGCAGUUAACGCCUGUGGUAUAUCCUGCAGCGUUUUGCUUAAAGAUGACAUCACUCAGGCUGUAACCUGUGCAAAGAGGGUUGUCAGGGAUCCACAAGGCAUCAGAGCAUGGGUGGCUUGGAGAAAUCGUUGUCAAAACAAAAAUGUCAGUCAGUAUAUCAAGGGCUGUAGAUUGUAACUGGACAGCUUUCCUUCUUCAGCUCCUUUUGUCUUGUUUUCAUAUCAAGGGAGUAGUAGUUGUGUAAAAGUUCACACUUCUUUCAAAUAAAAUGUUUUUACAGAA